GGAUUUUGUUUCAUUGCUUACACAGUUUGUACAUCACAGACAAACUCCUUUCUUCUUCUUCUUCUCUCUCUCUCUCUCUCUCUCUCUCUCUCUCUCUCUCUCUCUCUCUCUUUUAUUUUCAUUUCUUGUUUUAGAAUAAAUAAACACAUUCUAGCUCACAAUUUUCCCUUUCCCUCUUUGGAAAAAUGGGGAUGGGUACCAGCACCUUUGUUACUAGAUGUAUCAACUUUCUCACCAUGGUUUUGGCAAUGGUUGUGAUAAUAUUUGGGGUGUGGAUGAGCACUCGUCAUGAUGCCUGCAGGAAAUCUCUCACUAUACCUAUGCUAAGCAUUGGAGCUGUUAUUUUCUUAAUAUCCAUAGUUGGUUUUUUGGGUGCCAUGAAAAGAAGCUCCAUAUUGCUAUGGGUUUAUCUGAUUAUGCUGUUCUUUAUCUUGGUGGGGAUCCUGGUCUUCACAGUAUUGGUAUUCAUUGUAACUAAUAAUGGAUCAGGUCAUAGUGUGACUGGCUUGAGGUACAAGGAGUAUCAACUUCAAGAUUAUAGCUCUUGGUUUCUCAAAGAGUUAAACAAUUCUCGAAACUGGAAGCGAUUGAGGGUUUGUCUAGUCAAAACUGAAGACUGCAAUAACCUGUCCAAGAAAUAUAAGACUCUAAAACAUUAUAAAUUAGCUAAAUUGACUCCAAUUGAGGCUGGCUGCUGCCGACCGCCUUCUGAAUGUGGAUACCCUGCUGUAAAUGCUUCCUACUAUGACUUGACCUUUCAUCCAGUUAGCCCUAACAAUGACUGCAAGCGGUACAAAAAUUCUCGAGCCGUCAAAUGCUAUGAUUGUGAUUCUUGCAAGGCUGGUGUGGCACAAUACAUGAAAACCGAGUGGAGAGUUGUUGCAAUAUUCAACGUUGUUUUGUUUGCUGUUUUGUCUAUUAUAUACUUUGUGGGGUGCUGUGCGAGACGAAAUGCUGCCAGGAACCAAUCUAAGGGUUGAAGAGGAACCUGUAUGCAUCCAUGAGAUGAGACCAGUGUGGCAGUGUCUGCAGCUAGAGAUGAACUUGCGGAAUUCAUGUUAGUUUUAGGAUCCCUCGGUGUGAUGACUUGUAUAUUCGUCAAUCUUCACGAGGACCAGAUCUUAUUUGAAUGGUUAGAUAUCUUAAAUGUUACUAUUGAUUUCAUGAUUAAAGAAAAUUUAGAAGCA